GAACCCUCCUCUCUCUCUCUCUCUCUUUCUCGUGAGCGAGCCAGCCCAGCGUGCACGCGCCCCUGCCAGGCUUGUUGCUCCUCUGAGGUAAUUCUCCUCGAUGUGAAGCCUCGAAGAGAAGAAGAACAAGAAGAAGAAGAAGGAGCAGCUCUCUCUUUGGACCCCGCGCUAUGGCGGCGAGGAGGCGCUGGCUCCUCUUCCUGGGCUCCUUUUGGGUCGCCUUCCUCUUGGAGCCCAGCGCCAGCGCCGCCGCCGCCUCCCGAAGCGGUGGCUCUCCUUCUUCGCCUCAGCAGCAGCCCGCAGGACCCAGUGUGAAGACUUUUACUCCGUUUUAUUUUAUGGUGGAGCCAAUGGACACUCUGUCAGUUAGAGCUUCAUCUGUUCUAUUAAAUUGCUCUGCUUAUUGUGAAUCAUCUCCAAAAAUUGAAUGGAAGAAAGAUGGGACUUUUUUGAACUUGGGGUCAGAUGACCGACGGCAGCUGUUGCCAGAUGGAUCUCUAUUAAUUAACAGUGUCGUGCAUUCCAAGCACAAUAAACCUGAUGAAGGGUAUUAUCAGUGUGUUGCAACAGUGGAAAGUCUUGGAACCAUUGUUAGCAGAACAGCCAAACUCACAGUGGCAGGAAUGCCAAGGUUCGUUGCUCAGCCGGAGUCAGCAUCUGUCUAUAGAGGCAACAGCAUAGUUCUGAACUGUGAAGUCAAUGCUGACCUAGCACCCUUUGUACGGUGGGAGCUAGACCAUGAACCCAUCUUUCUGGAUGACCGUGUAUUCAAAUUGCCAAGCGGAGCGUUGAUUAUUAGCAAUGCCACAGAUGAAGAUGGUGGAACAUAUUGUUGUAUUAUUGAAAUUGGUGGUUCUCCCAAAUACAGUGAUGAAGCUGUGAUUAAAGUUCUUCCAGAAUCUGAAAUGGUGUCAGAUCUGGUGUUCUUGAAACAGCCUUCCUCGCUUACUAAAGUGACUGGGCAGACUGCAAUUUUGCCAUGUGUUGCUACAGGCACCCCUAUUCCUGCUAUCAAAUGGACAAGAAAUGAAAAAGAGCUUGUUGCAGAAAGCUCUCCAAAGUUUUUGUUGCUGGCUGGGGGGACUCUGAAGAUAAAUGACAUCACCGAAGAUGAUACUGGAACAUACACCUGCAUUGCUUACAAUGGAAAUGAAACAAUAGAAAUUCAAGCUGAACUUACAGUACAAGCUCCUCCUGAGUUUCUGAAGCAGCCAUCUAAUAUCUAUGCUCAUGAAUCCAUGGACAUUGUGUUUGAAUGUGAUGUGACUGGAAAGCCAGCUCCCUCAGUGAAGUGGGUUAAGAAUGGCGAUGUCGUGAUCCCUAGUGACUACUUUAAAAUUGUAAACGAACAUAACCUACAGGUUUUGGGUCUGGUGAAAUCGGAUGAAGGUUUUUAUCAGUGUAUUGCAGAAAAUGAUGUUGGGAACAUACAGGCCGGGGCCCAGCUGAUAAUACUGGAUCAUGAUGUUGCCAUCCCAACAUUACCUCCCACAUCACUGACCAGUGCCACUACUGACCAUCUAGCACCAGCGACAACGGGACCCCUGCCUUCUGCCCCUCGGGACGUGGUGGCUUCCCUUGUCUCUACCCGCUUCAUCAAGCUGACCUGGAGGGCUCCCGCGUCCGACCCACAUGGAGAUAAUCUCACCUACUCCGUGUUCUACACCAAGGAAGCAAUAAACAGAGAGCGCAUUGAAAACACAAGUCAUCCUGGGGAAAUGCAAGUGACAAUUCAAAACCUAAUGCCGGAGACAGUGUAUGUUUUUAGAGUGAUAGCUCAGAACAGACACGGAGCUGGAGAAAGUUCAGUGCCAUUGAAAGUGGCAACACAGCCUGAGGUUCAGCUUCCUGGCCCAGCUCCCAACAUUCGGGCAUACCCGAAUUCCCCCACAUCCGUCACUGUCAGUUGGGAAACACCUUUAUCAGGAAACGGUGAAAUACAGAACUACAAGCUGUACUACAUGGAGAAGGGGACAGACAGUGAACAGGACAUUGACAUUGGAGGUCUUUCCUAUACCAUCACUGGCCUAAAAAAGUACACAGAAUAUAGUUUCCGAGUUGUGGCAUACAAUAAACAUGGCCCAGGUGUUUCUACGCAAGAUGUGGUUAUCCGAACACUGUCAGAUGUUCCUAGUGCUGCACCCCAGAAUUUAACCCUGGAAGUGCAAAACUCUAAGAGCAUUCUGAUGCAUUGGCAGCCCCCGCCUGCAGGAACGCACAACGGGCAAAUUACGGGAUAUAAAAUCCGCUAUCGAAAAGUGACUCGCAAAAGUGAUGUGACAGAGAGCAUUGUGGGGACACAACUUUCCCAGCUAAUUGAAGGUCUGGAGCGAGGUACGGAGUAUAGUUUUCGCGUCGCUGCCUUAACGGUCAAUGGCACAGGAACAUCUACUGAUUGGAUAUCAGCAGAAACUUUUGAAAGUGACCUUGAUGAAUCAAUAGUUCCAGAAGUUCCAAGUUCCCUCCAUGUCCGGCCACUCGUUACAAGUAUUGUUGUGAGCUGGACUCCACCGGAAAACCAAAAUAUUGUGGUCAGAGGGUAUGCAAUUGGGUAUGGUGUAGGCAGCCCUCAUGCCCAGACCAUCAAGGUGGACUACAAGCAGCGAUAUUACACCAUAGAGAACUUGGAUCCCAGUUCCCAUUACGUCAUAACUCUGAAAGCUUACAACAACGUUGGCGAAGGAAUCCCACUCUAUGAAAGUGCAGUGACCAGGGCAUAUACAGACACUUCUGAGGUUGAUUUAUUUGUUGUUAAUGCUCCAUACACUCCAGUGCCAGAUCCCUCCCCCAUGAUGCCUCCAGUGGGAGUUCAGGCCUCUAUCCUGAGCCAUGAUACCAUUCGACUUACCUGGGCAGACAACUCUCUGCCAAAGAACCAGAAGGUCUCCGAUGCCCGUUACUAUACAGUCCGUUGGAAAACCAACAUUCCGGCAAACACAAAGUACAAGAUUGCAAAUACCACCACCUUAAGCUUCUUAGUGACUGGCUUGAAACCAAAUACCUUGUAUGAAUUUUCUGUGAUGGUGACUAAGGGCCGAAGAUCAAGUACUUGGAGUAUGACAGCACAUGGAACUACCUUUGAACUAGUGCCAACUUCUCCUCCGAAAGAUGUGACAGUGGUGAGCAAAGAAGGGAAGCCACGAACCAUCAUAGUUAACUGGCAGCCGCCAUCCGAAGCCAACGGCAAAAUUACAGGAUACAUCAUUUACUACAGCACAGACGUCAAUGCCGAAAUACACGACUGGGUCAUUGAACCUGUCGUCGGAAACAGACUGACCCAUCAGAUUCAAGAGCUGACCCUCGACACGGCCUAUUAUUUCAAAAUUCAGGCCCGCAACUCCAAGGGCAUGGGUCCCAUGUCGGAGGCAGUACAGUUCAGGACGCCAAAAGCUGAAACAUCAGAUAAAAUGUCUAAUGAUCAAGCUUUGGGAUCUGCUGGAAAAGGAAGCCGGCUUCCAGAUGGGGGAACAGAUUAUAAACCCCCCAUGAGUGGAAGCAACAGCCCCCAUGGAAGCCCUUCUCCUCUGGAGUACAAUAUGCUUCUGGUCAUUAUCGUGUCAGUGGGGGUUAUCACUAUUGUGGUUGUGGUGAUUGUGGCUGUGUUCUGCACCCGUCGCACCACAUCCCACCAGAAGAAGAAGCGAGCAGCUUGCAAGUCUGUCAACGGGUCUCACAAAUACAAAGGGAAUUCCAAGGAUGUGAAACCCCCCGAUCUUUGGAUCCAUCAUGAGCGGCUUGAACUGAAACCCAUUGAUAAAUCUCCUGAUCCCAAUCCAGUCAUGACCGACACCCCGAUCCCGCGAAAUUCCCAAGAUAUUACUCCAGUUGACAAUUCCAUGGACAGCAAUAUCCAUCAGAGACGGAACUCAUACAGAGGACAUGAGUCAGAAGACAGCAUGUCCACACUUGCAGGAAGGAGGGGAAUGAGACCAAAAAUGAUGAUGCCAUUUGAUUCUCAACCGCCUCAACCCGUGAUUAGUGCUCAUCCCAUCCAUUCCCUUGAUAACCCCCACCAUCAUUUCCACUCCGGCAGCCUCGCUUCUCCAACUUGCAGCUACCUUCAUCACCAGGCAAACCCAUGGCCUGCAGGCACAUCCUCCGUGUCUCAUUCAGACAGGGCUAAUUCCACAGAAUCCAUUCGGAAUACUCCCAGCACAGACACCAUGCCGGCUUCCUCCUCCCAGACGUGUUGCGCUGAGCACCCGGAGCCAGAGAGUGCAGCAGGACCCUAUCUGCCUGGGACUCAGGAAGAAGAGGCAGGCCCCAACCUCCCCACGGCCCACGUCCGCCCCUCUCACCCCCUGAAGAGCUUCGCGGUGCCAGCCGUCCCUCCCUCCGGGGCCACCUACGACCCUGCCUUGCCAAGCACACCUUUACUAUCCCAACAGGCUUCCAGCCAUCCAGUCCAUUCAGUAAAGACGGCAUCCAUUGGCACUCUAGGCAGAACUCGGCCUCCGAUGCCAGUUGUCGUCCCAAGCGCUCCUGAAGUCCAGGAAACGACCAGGAUGCUCGAAGACACAGAAAGUAAUUACGAGCCGGAUGAGCUGACCAAAGAGAUGGCCCACCUGGAAGGACUCAUGAAGGACCUUAAUGCGAUCACGACCGCAUGACCGCCUUCCCCCGGGAAAGGACCCCAGACCCCGUUUCGUGGGUCUCGAGACUUAGCCUUGGAAAGCAAGGACGUGUACAGAGACUUAGGGGGGCAGCACAAGAAGGACACCCAACCAGCCGCCGUUAUCAGUGCCAGCGCUGGCGAACUAAGUGGCUUUUUCUCUCCGUUGCCCCAAAAUGACCCCGUUGGGAAAUGGGAUCCUGCUAAGAGAUGGGGGGCAAUGGCUCAGGCUGAUGAGACCCAGCAUCCAGACAAAGAAGUGGACUUAGCAUUAAUUUGAGUCAGGUUUUGUCUCCGUGCUGUGACCUGCCCUGGUUUUUUCAGUGUUGGACAUUCGCCUUUAUGUACAAUUUUUUCCUGUUUGAGUGUUUUUAUUUUAUUGUAUCUUUUUUUAUUAAAACAUGUAAUCUGAUAAAAAGAA